AUGACAGAACAUAAAUUUACUCCCGAGACUCCAGUGAAGUUAGACCCUCCAAAAGAUGACCCAAUCACCAUGGAACAACUGAUCAAAUGUGACGGUGUCCAAUCAGAUAAACUCUACAUAGCCAUCAAAGGACAGGUGUUUGACGUGACGGCUAACCAAAAAUCAUAUGGUGUCGGUUCAGCGUAUCAUUCCUUGGUUGGAAGAGAUGCCAGUCGAGCCUUGGGAAAGAUGUCUCUUGGACCGGAAGAAACAAAUCCAAGUAUCAGCUGGGACUAUUCGUCCCUAACUGAGCAAGAAUUAAGAGUUAUGAAUGAUUGGUACAUGUUUUUUAAAAAUCGCUACAAUAUAGUGGGAAGAAUAUCCAAGCAUUGA